CCGGCCUUUGAGCCCGGUGCGCAUGCGUACGCGUCUCGGUGAGGUGGGGGAAAUGGCCCGGAGACGCUUAAACAGGAGCGAGGAGGAGUGAGUGCGGGAGGCCUGUGUGGACGCUUCAAGCCGUUAAGGCUACCCGCCAUGUCUCGUCCCGAGAGCAACCAUCCGGCCAUGAGAUUUCAACGGUCCCGGUUCGGCUCCAUCGACUCUUCUCGCGAGGGUGGGCAACGCUCCCGCUCGCCCUCUCCGUGGGGUUACCGCCACCGCCACCACUACGACCACCGCUCCCUGCCUAGCCGUCGCUCCUCGCAUCGCUCGCCUUCCCCGCGCCGUUUCAGCAGGAGAUAUUCGCCGUCAUAUUCUCCAAGGCAACGCUCACGUUCUCCAGGCCGACGUUCUGAAUCUUCAGUGGAAAAAUACUUGCGGGACGUAGUUGAAAAUGACAUUGGCACAAGCUUACCAGCUGAUAGUCUGAGGAAUGUGAACAGGGAUGACUUGGCUGAUGGUCCAAUAUUUAGCAGAGCCCUUUCACAUCCUUGGAACCUUGAAAGAGGUUUUUUUCGUGAGGAGAAUUUUUCAAGACCAUUCAGCAUGAGACAUGAUGAGGACUCUUACAAUAGGGAUAUUUUCAUAGCUCAACUGGACCGAAGCAUAAACAGUGAAUUUCUACAGCAUCAAUCAAGAGAAAAUAAGAGGGGUGGGGAGCAAGAAUCAAAAUACUUUCAAUAUGACAGAGAACAUAGACUCUUUGAUGAGAGCAUAAAAUCUCGGGCUUUAUUGACAGAAUCAGAGAAAUAUUGUAAACAAAGCCUUAAUAAAAGCCCAAGCCUAAUAUACAUGGAUGAAGAUAUUCGUAAACUUGAAAGAAUUAGGAGAAAAAGAGAAGAGGAUUUGCGAAGCAGAAACAUUAGUACUGUCCUGCCUGAUUCAGCUAAUCAAGAACAGUCUUCUGAAUCUCAACACCAUUAUAGAUCUGAGAAAACCCCAGCAGUGCCCUUAAAAUCUAUACUGAAGAAACGUUCAGAUGAUUCUUCUAUACAGGACUCCAGGAAUUUUUCAAAGGAGAAGAAGCCUCCCGAGUCAACAUCAGAAUCUGUCAGCCAACAUAGUGACUUCCUGCUGCCUCAUGAAAGAGACAGUCAGGAUGGAAGUGGCUUUUCGUGCAUUCUAGGUACGACGACUGAUUCUCCUUGUGUUCCAGAAAAAGGACUGGAUCCCUUCCCUGAUAAUAUAGAAGAUGAAGAGAAAUUUCUUUAUGGUGAUGAUGAUGGUGAUUCAAACAAUUGUCUCUACUCUCAAAAGAUAAUGAUGAGUGAAAAGAAAGAACCUGUGACUAAGAAAGUAAAAUCUCCACCUACUGCAAAACCAAAGAAUUUGAAGCAGUCUGUAAAACGAGAGAAUUUUGAACAUUCUGUAAAACGAGAGAAUUUGGAACAUUCUAUAAAACGAGAGAAUUUGGAACAUUCUGUAAAAUGUGAGAAUUUGGAACAGUCUGUAAAACGAGAGAAUUUGGAACAGUUUGUAAAACCAGAGAAUUUGGAACAGUCUGUAAAUCCAGAGAAUUUGGAACAGUCCAGUGUGGAAUAUGACAAGAUCCGUGACUUGCUUAAAACUAUUGGUUUAGACAUUGGAAUAGCUGAAAUAGAUAAGCUUGCUGCUCGCACAGAAGAAAGACUCCACGGGAAAAAAACAUCUUAUUCUUCUAAUCAUCAUUCAGUGGCAAAUCAUAAAGCAAAGUUGUGGGAGAGGAAGAAACUUUCUCUAUCGCCAUCUGAUUCUUUUCCAUCACCUGAAGCUGUGUCUCCUGUUUUAAAAUCUGACUACAAUAACAUCGCUAUUUCAGGGCAAAAUAAAGCCAUUGACAUGUGCGAGCAAUCUGGUGUUCCAGGAUUUUUAAUCCCAUCAGCUCCACCUUCUUUUCUUGAUAUUCCUACUGGGCCCAUCUCUGGUUCCUGUCAAUAUGUUCCAUAUGUCCCUACAUAUACUCCAUCUCAGUUCUUCCCAAACCCUGCUUCUCUCCCAGUAGCCUUACCUAACUACGAUGUAUACCAGCGCCACAUGGGUUAUGCAACUUCUGACUGGUGUGCUCAGCAAGUGGACUCUGUAUGUCCAAAUAAACCUGAGGUUGCCAACCAUGCCAAUCUAAAAAACAAAUGUAGAACUCGCAACCUCAGAAUCAUUAAUACAAUUACCAUCAGCGAUUUCAAGCAAUUUCAAGAUGCUUCUACCACUGCUCCUUACUUCAAUCAGCGAUCCAAGUCUUCUAAAAAAAGGGCCAGGCGAAAAAAAUCUUCUGAAACAAGACAAACUUUUCUGAAGAGCAAUGUAAUAGAGGAAAGAGUAAAGUUGAAGCUUGAACAAGAAACACAACAUAAGAAACUCUUUUAUCAGAGGAUUGAAUUAGAUAGGCUUUCAAAACAGCAAGUGGAGAUGCUGCAGAAGAAACGAAAAGAGGAAGACCCUUUGCUUGUGGAACUGAGCAGAUUGAAAGAAAGCAUUGCAAACAAUGUUGCUCAACUGGAAUUGGAUAUUAAAGUUUUAAAGGAGAAACAGGGCGAACUUGAUAAAGUAAUUCAUAGCCUGGAGAUGAAUAGUUUUGAAAAAUCCCAGAAAUUAUCUUCAGAAUGUAAAGAUUCUUCAGAAAACAAGCUACAAAAAAAUCCCCAAAGUGAAGAGGGAACGUUUAACUCAAUCCAGUCAUAAGGAAGUGAUUGUUUACCUGGAGUAAGGACAGAAACCAGCAGAAGGAAAAACCUAAAAGACUAUCUCAUACCUGACCUGACUCUAGAGAUUAGAAGCUGUGGUAAGAUUUUGAGAUGAAGACUACAAUUCUAGAGAAUAUUUUUAUUCUGUCAUGAUUUGAAGCACUAUUUUUUAUUCAGAUUUAUUUUGUUUCAAGGAAAGUAAAAAAAAGUUAAUAAAUUUUGUCUCUUAGCUCAUUAAAUAUCAGUAUAAUGUAUUUUAUCAAUGGCAUCUCCUCAAAGAAGAUAAUAAGUUCUACAUUUUCUGAAUAGCUGAAAGUUUCCUUAAAUUGAAGAUAAACUGAAAGGUUACUGCAACCUAAUUUUCAGGUUGCAGCUGUGAGAACAUUUGAUUAAUUUUUGUUGAUGGAUUGUCAUAGCUCUCAAAAUUUAUCAGAAGAGUGUUUAUGAUAUGAUAACAGGAAGCUUAAUGUGUUUUUAUUCUCAUGAGAAAGUAACAGCAUCUCUCAACUGUUUCCCCUGGAUAAGUCACCCUGUGAUGCUUGUUGUUAUCCAUAUUAUUCUAUUUUAAAAGAAUGGAUCUUUUAAGAACAUUUUAAAAGAAUGCCACAUUAUUCUAUGAGUACAUUGUAUGGCAUUAUACUCUAAAAAAGAAGUCAUAGUGCCAUAUUUAUUUCCCUCUGGUCAGAAAAAAGUGUUUUUAGAAAAAAACUUUUCUUUCUGACAUCUACAAACAUAAAUCUUCAGAAAACUUUAGUAAGUAAAACUUAUCUUCUCUGUUUUUUUAGUGUUCUAUUAGUUUUUGCUGAAAAGUUCUUCACAAUUUUAAGCUCAGCUCUAACUAAAUAUUUAAUCUUCCAAUAGGCUUUGGAGCAUUUGGAAAACAAAACAUGUCAUAGAAUUUUGUUUUUACACUACUUCCUUGAAUGUAAUGUAAAGACAAACAUGGAAGUUUUAAGAAUUUUUUAAAACAGAUAAAGAAGAUGGUUAUUUUGAAAGAGUUUUUUUUUUGCAAAAUUGCUUUUAAAUAAAUUAUAAUUAAAUUAGCCAAAAAGAACUAGACCUUUGUGGGAAUGUUUUUUGUUUAUUAUUAAAGAAUGCAUACAAUUGACGGAUUGCCGAAAAGAAAAAAUAACAGUAAGAUAAUGACCCAGACUAUGAAACUGACUGUAAUUAUAGUUGUUGAUUGUGAUGUUGAAUAUAAUUAGUGCUAUUAGGGAUAAAAGCACAAAAGACAAAAGAUGUGGGAAGCUUGCCUUUAAUUUUCUGUUGUUUGAGAUACUUUCAUUUUUGGAUUAUAAUAUAAUGACAACCACCAGAAAAACAGCAAGAAUGGAGGAGAGGAGAGGAGAUCUCUAGAGCAACCUGCAGAAAAAGGAAUUAUACCAGAUUUGCUUCAAAAAUAAUGUUAGCAAAUGGGCAAAUAAGAUAGAUUCACUUGAUAUUAAAUUAACAGCACUUCAAGAAAAAAAUGGAUGAAAUACUUGUAAAGAGGAAAGAGGAGAUGAAAGUAGAAGCCAGGAUGAUGGAAAGUGCUGUAACAAAUAUCUGGAUACAAAACAAUUUGACAACGAAAUAGAAAUUUUAGAGAGGACAGAAGUUCCUGACAGGGAGUUGGAAAGAGAACUAGAUAAUCUGGCUAUAUUUGAAUAAGAGGAUAAGAAUUUGUUUUAGGACUUAGAGCAAGGCCAUAGGAUUCUAGUGAAGAUAUUAAAGAGAAGAUUAUUAAAGUCCUGGCAAUUUUUUUGGAUUGGGCAGAGGAGUAUAUAGAGGCAUAAAUUGAUAAAAAUGUAUAGAAUAAAUUCAAGAUUUGCAAGAACAAGAAAUGUUCUAAGGGAUGCUUUUGUGUACUUUGUCAGGAAGAAAAAAGGAUUAAGUUUUGCAUUAUGUAUUGGCAAUAUAGAUAUAAUUGCUAUUAAAUUACUAUCGUAACUUUGCGUAAGAGAAAGGAGGGUUUUUUUUUUGACUGAGAGAUUAGAACAGAAAAGGAUCCCAUUUUGAUGGAACAAAUUGGAAGAUACGAAUUUUACUUUUAAAUAGCAGAGGUUUCAGUUGAAUUCUAUCCAGGAGGUGUGGAAAUUUCUAGAAAAAUUCAAAGAAGAAUUGGAAGAGAUUUAAAUGAAAGUGUCAAAGAAGACACAAAAACUCCAACUGGUACAAGAGGAAACUGAAAGGGAUAUACUGGAUUAUGUGCUAUAAGUAUUGGUUCUUCUAUUUUUUUAAUGUGAUUAUGGAUUACAAGUGAUUAAUGUAAAAUAUAAAUGUAGCAAAUGCUCCCCGAAAGUGAAAAAAAGUCAUUAUUUGAAAAAAUUAAAAUGAUAUAAUUUGCCUGCAAAAGACACAUAUCGGAAAAAGAUAUGGAGUUUUCCUUCUCCCUUCUCACAGUUUUUGAGACCUGUGUAUAUGCACACACUUUUGAAAGAAGCAUCUCUUGCUGUUUGGUUUGGAUGAAAGAGUAAGUGUUCUUGAGAAAUAGAAGGCUUUUGAGUUAAAAAGACAUGACAUGAGAUUAAGAUGGCAGGGAUAUUUGUGAUACAUUAAAGUUGAAGUUAAUUAGAUUUCAAAAAUAAUUAUGCUUUUUUGUACUAUAUUGAGAAUGGAAGGGAUACAAAUCCAGGUUGUGCUCAAAACAUUUUUCUGGCUCUUAGCAUAACAAGCAUUUUAUAGACAAGAAAUAAUAGGCAAACAAAUUUGGCUAACUUAUUGUGAGAUACUAAUAUUGUGUUAGGAAGAAUGUAAAAUAAAGAAGAACUAGUGACAGAGGGACAAUGGUUUUCUUACAUACAAUUACUAGAAAGGUUUAAAGUAGAUAAAAGAAUAUCCUAAGGCUGAAUUUGAAAUAGAAUUGUGUACAAAUGAUGAACAUGUAAUUGCUAAAAUGUAUAAACUUUUAUUGAAAUGUGAAAUAGAAGAACAAUUUGUGGAGUGUUUGAUAAAAUGGACUAACAUUUUACUUAUAAUAAACAGAUGAAACAAUGGGAAA